UUUUUUCAGUUUUGUUUCAGUACGUCGCCUGUCCUCAGCGGAACUAACGUCGACGGUUACUGGGCUCAACGAACGCUUUUUUUGUUGCACAACCUGUAGCAAAGUAGUCCUUCUCCUUAGUACAUCCAUGAAAGUAGUUAGCAAAGCUAACACUAGCGAGCUAACAUCGCUUCAUUCAACACGACAUGCACACCAGUAAUAGUUAAAAGUCUUGCACGGUAAGGGGUCUAACUUCACCCAGUGAAACCACAGUCUGUUGUGAUGUCGGAGCCUAAGCCCCCUACUCCAACCCCAGGAGACACGUACAAGGGUUGGCUCUUCAAAUGGACUAACUACAUUAAAGGUUACCAGAGACGCUGGUUUGUUCUGAGCAAUGGACUGCUGUCUUACUAUAGGACCCAGGCCGAGAUGGGUCACACAUGCCGAGGCACCAUCAACUUGGCCACAGCCAAUAUUGCUGUGGAGGACUCCUGCAAUUUUGUCAUUUCCAACGGAGGGGCGCAGACCUACCACUUGAAGGCCAGCUCAGAAGUAGAGCGCCAGCGAUGGAUCACUGCCCUGGAGCUCGCCAAGGCAAAGGCUGUCCACAUGCAGGCUGAGUCUGAUGACUCGGGUGACGAUUGUCCUGCAGUGCACCCGACCUCAGGACAGGGUGGAGGCUGCCGUAACUCAGAAGUCCAGUCCACACUACGCACACUCAACAGCAAGGUGGAGGACCUAACCACCUGCAACGAUCUCAUUGUCAAACAUGGGUCUGCCCUCCAAAGGUCUUUGUCAGAACUGGAGGGGAUUCGUGUCGGAGGGGACAUGGGGGAAAAGAUCAGACAAGUUACAGAAAGAGCCACACUAUUCAGAAUCACCUCUAAUGCCAUGAUCAAUGCAUGUAGAGACUUCCUCUCCCUGGCCCAGAGCCACAGUAAGCGCUGGCAGAAGGCCUUACAGGUUGAAAGAGACCAGAGGAUACGGCUGGAGGAGACUCUGGAGCAGCUGGCCAAACAGCACAACCACUUGGAAAGAGCUUUCAGGGGAGCUACAGUUCUCCCCUCUUCAUUCAGCAAUCCCGCCUUGGGUAGCAAAGGUGGUGUUUCAGGAAAAGGUGAUGCCAGUGACGAGGAUGAUGACAAUGAGUUCUUUGAUGCUAUGGAAGACCCAGCAGAGUUUAUUACUGUCCCUGCUGACCCCAAGUAUCACAGGAGAUCUGGCAGCAACGUUAGUGGGAUUAGCAGUGAGACUGGAAUUGACGAUCAGUCGGUAAAUUUUGAUGAACUGUCUUUGGCAUCCAAUCCAGAGUCUCCACAGCCCCUUGAGCUAGAGCCAGUUAGACAAAGACGGACUCGUAUCCCCGACAAGCCAAACUAUUACCUCAAUCUGUGGAGCAUCAUGAAGAAUUGUAUUGGAAAGGAGCUCUCAAAGAUACCAAUGCCUGUGAAUUUCAAUGAGCCUCUCUCAAUGCUGCAACGUCUAUCUGAAGACCUGGAGUACUACGAGCUGCUGGAUAAGGCUGCUAAAUGUCAGAGCUCUCUAGAGCAGAUGUGUUAUGUGGCCGCUUUCACAGUCUCUUCCUACUCCACCACUGUCCACCGCACAGGAAAACCCUUCAAUCCUCUGCUGGGAGAAACCUUUGAGCUUGAUCGGUUAAGAGAGUGUGGCUACCGCUCCCUCUGUGAACAGGUGAGCCACCACCCACCUGCUGCAGCUCACCAUGCCAUCUCUGAAAAGGGCUGGAGCCUCAGACAAGAAAUUACCCUGGCCAGCAAGUUUAGAGGAAAAUAUCUCUCUAUCAUGCCUUUGGGUUCUAUCCAGUGUAUAUUUGACAAGAGCAACAAUCACUACUCUUGGAAGAAAGUGACUACAACAGUACACAACAUCAUUGUUGGAAAAUUAUGGAUUGACCAGUCAGGGGAGAUAGAUGUGGUGAACCACAGGACAGGAGAUCGCUGUCACCUGAAGUUUGCUCCCUACAGUUACUUCUCCAGAGAUGUACCAAGAAAGGUAACAGGAGUAGUAACAGAUAAGGAUGGGAAGGCCCAUUAUGUGCUAUCAGGAACCUGGGAUGAGAAGAUGGAGUUUUCCAGGGUAAUGCAGAGCAGUAAAGGCGAGAACGGCACUGAAGGCAAACAGAGAACUGUCUAUCAGACCCUCAAAGCCAAAGAAAUCUGGACAAAGAACCCUUUACCAGAGGGAGCAGAGAACAUGUACUACUUCUCCUCACUGGCCUUGACGCUCAAUGAACCUGAAGAGGGAGUGGCGCCAACAGACAGUCGACGACGCCCUGACCAGCGGUUAAUGGAGGAUGGCCGUUGGGAUGAGGCCAACGCAGAGAAACAAAGGCUAGAAGAGAAACAGCGCACCACCCGUCGAGAAAGGGAGAGGGAGGCUGUUAAAGCAGCCAGCUCACCUGAGGAAGCUGUCACUGAGGAUUCAAUCAAUGAUUCACCCUUGAAAACUGAUGCAGAGGAGACUGGCACAGAAGCAAAUGAGGUUUCUGAUGAAACUGACACAGAGGACUCUCCCCCUCAUACACCUGUUGCAUCCCCUUAUGGACCAUCGCUCUUCCCUUAUCUAAUGGAAGGCAAGGAAGGUCCUUAUGGAGCUCAAGUCAAAAGCGCCCAUCAAGACAACUACCAAGCACUGUGGUUUGAGAAGUUAGACGACCCUGUAUCCGGAGAGACCUUGCAUGUCUACAAGGGCGGUUACUGGGAGGCGAAGGACCAAGGCAGCUGGGACAUGUGCCCUGACAUCUUCUGAUCCCAGCCACGUCUGCCUGUUCUCCUCUGUGGUGUAUAAAUGAGAAGAUGGUAAGAGGUGACCUACCAUGCAUCAGCUAAAGUGGGAAAUCAAACCUGACAUCAACCUAUCUUCAAUGUCCCUCUCAGCUCCUUUUUCCAGCAGUGAUUUGCUCAGGAUUAAGGGCAUCUGGACUUCACUUUCAACAUAGAUACAAUGCACAUUGUAGCAUUGUUGUAACAUUGCAGCUGAUUAGUGUUCAGAAAUCCAUUUCUCUGCCUCUCAAACACUGAUGUUUAUCUUGGUCUUGGUCCACUGCUUGUUACAGCAUUUGAGUUGCAUUUGGCAAUAAGUUAUUCUAGUAAUAUUAUUAUGAGUUUUCUUUAAAAGCACUAUUGGAAUAAUUCAUCCAGAUGACAUCUUACAAUAUACAAGGUUUGCAUAGAUAGAGUGAGCUACUACAUAACAUAUAAUUUAUGUUUGUUUUUGUUGUGCGUUCUGGAUUAUGAUUAUUUUAGCCAUAAAUUUAUUGCAGCUUCCCCAGCACAGCAACACUAAGUUUAAUCAUACCCAACCUGUUUAAUAGUUCACAUAGUAAAUAUUCACUAUACCAGUUUCAGACCACAUCAAAUGCAUAGAAACAUGGGCUUCAGUGGUUCUGACAAAGGAGAGAUAAAUACUGUUUCUAAGUAUUAAGUAAUUAAUGGCAUAUUUCAACAAUUGUUUUUGGACUGAUAUAAAAUAUGAAGUGUCACUAAUACCAAGACGUGAUACAGAGUUUGUCUUUGAAUUUAAGGUGAUUUAUGGUGCUACUUUAUUCCCUGAAGUGAAACAACUAUACCUAAAUAUUAGCCUUUUUUCAUUCAUUUUUCAUUUUGCACUCAACUAGCCAAUUUCAAAAUCUCUUUGUGAUUUUUUUUUUCACCCUAUAUUCCCCCAAUCCUUCUGUAAAAUACAUGGUAGUGGUGAAGAGAUGUAAAAGUACUUCAUUAUGAUUAUUAUAUUGACCUGGUAAAGUCUGGUUUGGUGAUCUUAAGAAUCCUUAAUUGUGGGUCUUAAAUGGCUACACACGCAUAUUUAAAAAACUUGUUUUCACUUUAUAAGAAUGAUAUUUAAUAGAAUAUAUGAUCUUUAUUUAAUAUACCAUAUUGAAUGCUAUAUGAACUGAAAUAAUGGCACCAAACAAAUUUAUAUCAAGUACCAGUGAAAAUAUUAAAUAAAAUAAAAAAUACCAAUGAAAAACCAUUUAGAAAUCUGUAAAUUUAUCCUGUUCCCAUUCUAUAGAGUUUAUUACAACAGAAGUUAUUUUCAUUUUUUUACAGAGAAAAACCCAGUACUUCUAUGCUCUGGACCCCCAAAAACCUGUGAAAAAUCUAUUAUGUUUUGUGAGACACCACGCCGCUAAACUAUGAGGCAACAUCACGUUCACCUCCAACUCCCAAGCCCCUGACAUAUAGGAUGAGCGGUGGAUGCAUUUUUUUAAUUUGUGAAGGGGGCAUGCUCAAGCUAAAACUGUAUUAAGUUGCUCUUUAAAGAGUGUAGCUGUUGAUCAGGUCAUUGAGAGCAAGAGCCUCAUAAAAUAAAAUCAUAUUGUGUAUGGGAUUGACUCAAAUACUAAUGUUGAAGAUAAAUUGUGUUAUCAAGCCUGUUUUGAUUCUCCACCCAAGUACACAAAUGCCAGACUUGUAUUUUCAUACCUGAAGUUUGUGCUCUUACUAAUAUUUGAAUCAACCAUUUCACUUCUGCUCUCAAAGUAAAUGUCGAGACUCACCAUUUGAACAGUUGAGGUUGAUUUAAGAGCAGCAGAGCUGUGCUCCAAAUUGUCACUGAGCUCUGUGCUGAUUUCUACUGGCUUGAUGAUUAGUGAAGGGAAAUGUGAGGCAAGUGUUUUUGUCUUCCUGGUUUCCUUCAAACAUAUUAAUCAUAGCUUUAAUCUUGAUUUAGGUUAUUUUAGUCUUUGUGUGUUGCCAGUGUAGAUUUUUAUCAGACAGCAAUAAGAGUGCCUCAGUGCGUAUACAUGUGGCACAAAAUUAAAUGUGUGAAGUGAGAACGCUAAAACUGCAAUAACUGAAUUCUGUCAUUAUAUUUGUCUCUGUUGUUGUUUGUCAUACGAGUGGAAGGACUGUGUGACUGAUAGAAAUCUAAAUUUCAUUUUAUAUUCAAGUGUACUUAAAAGGAGGACACUGAAAAUGAAGAUCACAAAACAUGAUGUUGCAAAUAUUUCUGUGUAAAUAGAAUAUGUUAAAAUAGUUAAGUAAUUGUGGUAUUAACUGGUUAUAUUGAUGGAGAAUCUAAUGUCGGGGAUGCACUUUUUUUUUUUUUUCAUUAUUUUCUCAGCUCUGGAUGCAUUUUCUCUGAGUUACCACCCUCUACCAACUAGGAUAGCUUUUAUUUUAAAUUAUAUUAUUUUCUUUUGGUCUGAACUGUUCCUUACUAUGAUUUACUGUUGCAUCAUACAUCAUUUAAACAGAUGAUGAAGAUUGUAUGUGUGUGUGUGUGUGUGUGUGUGUGUGUGUGUGUGUGUGUGAGGAAUAUACAGCUUAAAUUACAGAAUGAGUACACAGGUCUCUGUCCUGUCUUUUUCGACAUAUACUAUAUAUAAUCUUGACUAUUAGCCACUGUUCUAAAUUGCAUAGCCCCAUCAUUCAAUUGGUGUGUUUUUUAAGUUUCUACCUUUGUCACCCCUUUUAUUGUUUCCGGCUAUGAUUGUUUUGCCCUGCGCUGUGUAGACUGUCACUAUACACAAUGUCACAACUUACAGUACAUCCAUUAUUUAUCAUGCCCUAUGUGAUUUGCCUGAUAAACUGUCAACUUUUGAUGUUGGCUCCUGAAGAGUUUGUCAUUUUGUGAGUUUGUUUUGAGUUUCUUUUCCUAUACCAUGUUCAGUAAUUGCAAACAUAUUUCCAUUACUUAAAAUAUGCAUAUGUACUGACUCACUGUUCUGAGCAUACUUUCCAUCUUUUCUGUCCAUCAAUGCAGUUUCUUAGCAGGAUUGUGGUAGAGGUUGAAGAUAUUAAAGUCUGAAUGGAAAUGAA